AUGCACCCUCUGAGCUCAAUCAGAGAGAUCGAAACCUAAGCAAACCAAAAGAGAAGAAGAAGAACACAGAGAGAGAUGGAGUCAAUCUUCGGGUUGGUUGGGAACAACUUCGCCAUAGUGGCAGCGGACACGUCGGCGGUGCACAGCAUACUGGUGCACAAGACCAACGAGGACAAGAUCAUGGUCCUCGAUUCCCACAAGCUCAUCGCCGCCAGCGGUGAGCCCGGCGACAGGGUUCAGUUCACGGAGUACAUCCAGAAGAACGUUUCGCUCUAUCAGUUUCGUAAUGGGAUUCCUCUUACCACCGCCGCCGCUGCCAAUUUCACCCGCGGUGAGCUCGCCACCGCUUUGCGCAAGAACCCAUACCAUGUGAACAUUCUCAUGGCUGGAUAUGAUAAAGAGAAAGGCGCAGAACUGUACUACAUUGAUUACAUUGCUUCCCUCCACAAGGUUGACAAGGGCGCCUUUGGUUAUGGUUCCUAUUUUGCUCUCUCCCUCAUGGAUCGACUCUAUCACAAAGGUAUGUCUGUUGAUGAGGCUAUUGCCUUAAUUGACAAGAUUAUCAUUGAGAUACGAUCAAGGCUUGUUGUCGCUCCACCCAACUUUGUCAUCAAGUUAGUGGACAAGGAUGGAGCUAGGGAGUAUGCAUGGCGUGAGUCCAUCAAGGAUGCUGGUGUGGCUGCUGCCUGCUUGAGGCGACUUUAUUGGCUCAACAACCCAUCAGAUCCCAAAUGAAUUGGGGAUGAAACGAUUCGAAACAGAACUAAAAUGAUCAAAUCUGGGUUGAAGAUAAACCCAGAGACAUGAAGAUGAACUCCAGGGCAUGGUGCAUGGUAGGUUGAAGACGAAUUCAUAGAAAGUCAUAACGGCAGGUUUGCCGUUAGUUGUGUAGCAUAAAACAUUUGGCGUGAUCUCAACCACUAGAUUUUUUAAAUGGUCAAGAUCUUAAGAAAUUGAUGAAAACAGUAGAGAACUAACUUUAGAGGAUCUCAAUCCUACUUCUGUUAUCACAAACGUUGGGGGAACUAAUGUCUCUGGUAGAACUAUUUCAUAGUAGAUCUAUUCUUGUUUGAACUAUUGAAUAGUUGUUGUAAUUUUUUAAAAAAUGGGUAGUUUUAUUUGAACUGUUCUCUUUUUAUC